CCAAUCAGACGCCAUGUUGCUUUUGAAACUUGGACAGUCAUCUCGAUUUUACCGGCAUUGUGCCUAAAAUUGGAGAGUAGGUACUUGAUAAAUCAUACUAAGACAUGGCUCCUUCGGAUCUUCCAGUGAGUAAAGUAAUAGUGCAUCCACUGGUGCUAUUAAGCGUUGUGGAUCACUUUAACCGAAUGGGAAAGGUUGGAAACAUGAAACGAGUUGUGGGAGUUCUUCUUGGAGCCACAAGAAAAGGAGGAGUUCUUGAUGUUUCAAAUAGUUUUGCAGUACCAUUUGAUGAAGAUGACAAAGACAAGUCUGUGUGGUUCCUUGAUCACGAUUAUUUAGAGUCUAUGUAUACUAUGUUCAAAAAAGUAAAUGCACGAGAAAAGAUAGUGGGCUGGUAUCACACUGGACCUAAGCUGCACAUAAAUGACAUCGCAAUCAAUGAGCUGAUCCGAAAAUAUUGUACAAAUUCAGUUCUCGUAAUUAUUGAUGCAAAGCCAAAAGAUCUAGGCUUGCCUACAGAAGCAUACAUUGCUGUGGAAGAAGUACAUGAUGAUGGAACACCCUCUUCUAAGACAUUUGACCAUGUUCCCAGUGAAAUAGGAGCAGAAGAGGCAGAGGAGGUUGGCGUGGAGCAUUUGCUUAGAGACAUUAAGGACACGACGGUGGGCACACUGUCUCAGCGCGUCACAAACCAGCUGAUGGGUCUGAAGGGACUCGCAAACAAGAUCCAGGAAAUACGCAGCUACCUGGAUCAGGUGGUCACCGGCAGACUGCCGAUCAACCACCAGAUCGUCUACCAGCUGCAGGACAUCUUCAAUCUGCUGCCCGACUGCACGUUGCCAGACUUUGUGAAGUCCGUGUAUGUGAAGACCAACGAUCAAAUGCUGGUGGUGUACCUCGCUGCUCUCAUACGCUCGACGAUUGCGCUUCACAACCUGAUUAGCAAUAAGAUCUGCAACAGUGAUGCAGAGAAGCGGGAGAGCUCCAAGGAUGCAAGCAGCGAGAAGGAUAAAAGCAAGGAUAAGAAGGAUGAAAAGGAGAAGGAGAAGAGUAAGAAAGACAAGGAGGAAAAGAUGGAUACUAGUAAAUAGUGGACGCAUCAUCAUUUUUAGAUGUGAAAUUUCCUGUAUUAUAUAUAUAAUUGACUCAUUGCCAUGCCAUUUGUGUCUGUUUUGUAAAAUCCAUCAUUUGUGUGAAAUAAAGUUUGCGCCACCAA